UUUCGGAAUUAAAAGCCAGAAUACAGGCCAAAGCUGCAAAAACAAAAGCAAGAGAUGAAACUGUUACCAAAACCAUAGCAGAUGAAGUCACAUUUCAUGACGCUUUCACGGGAAGUACAGCAACAACUUCCACAAAUACUGUUAUAAAUGACGCAUCAAAAACUUUGCUCCCACCACAACAUUUGAUGUUAAAUCAAACGACUGAUCUCAAGGAAGUAUUAGAAACAGCAUCUCCCACUACCACCAGCCCACCAUUGUCUCAAGAUAUACAUAUAUUGAUUGGACGUAGAAGUAGCCUGAGUGUGAUUUCAAUACUUUCAACUUCCGGAGUCUCUUAUGAGCAAUAUGGCAUUAAUGUCACAGAUUUGAUUGCAAUUGAUUAUGACCCAGUGGAAAAGUAUAUUUAUUGGACAGGAAAAGGUUAUAUUCGUCGCGCAAAAACGAACUUCACUGUCGGAGAACUUCUAGCGUCUAACCUUAGUACCGAAGUUGAUGGCGUUGCUGUGGAUUGGGUCGCAAGAAACAUGUACUGGUCGGAUAAAGGUCUAAAAUUAAUCGGCGUCUCCAGACUCGAUGGGAGUUCGAAAAAGAACUUCAUAACUACGAAUAUUGAAGCUCCAAGAGCAAUUGUCCUAUAUCCGUCCAUUGGAAAGAUGUAUUGGAGUGACUGGGGUUCUAAACCUAAAAUUGAAGCCACCUCUCUUGACGGCACGGACAGGCAUAUUCUUGUAAAUGGAUCACUUAUGUGGCCAAACGGAUUGGCAAUUGAUUACGCGAGAAAUUUCUUAUAUUGGGUUGAUGCGGGAUUAGAUAGGAUUGAAGCGAUACAACUGGAUGGUAGCGGAAGAUCUGUUCUCAUUGCUCAUGAUCAUCACAUUUUCGGAUUCACGUACUUUCAAAAUUUCAUUUACUGGACCGAUUGGCAAACUGGAUCUCUUGACAGAAUGUUAGUUUACAACUCAACAAUUCGACAAAAUAUCGCAUCCGGGGCAGGAGAUUUUAUGGGAGUUAAAGUUUAUGGGAAUCAUGCCAUUCCACAAACAAAUCAAUGUUACGGAAAUAACAACGGAUGCUCACACCUUUGCUUUUACACGUCUAAUGGUGCUGUUUGCGACUGUCCACAAAGUUGGGGCUUGAAAUCCGAUAAGAAGACUUGUAUCUCACCAUAACAUAAAGGGAACUCAUGAAGAUAUUUUUCUCUAAGUCAUCGUAUAUUUUUAGCUGAAAAACUUUGUUACUCGUCAUAUAGGUAUACUAUAUAACGUCACCACCACACAGAAGAGAGAACGAUGCUAUCAAGCACUCUUACAUUCCAAAAAUAUGAAUUACCACAAAUUUUUCACUUCUAUCUCAUUGUUAUGUGUGGCGGCGUUUGCGUUAGAACAGACUGCUUUUAUCUUUACUACCGUGUUUCCCCGAAAAUAAGAGCUACCCCGAAAACGGGGCUAGUCGAUGGCAGGAAACCUCUUCUAAUCGUUUUAGAUCAGGGGUUCUCAACCUGGGGUUCGCGAACCCCCUGGGGGUUCACGAGAAGAUUUUCAGGGGUACUAGAACGGCAGUUGAGUUUUUUGUGUGUUGCUGUUUUUUAAUAUCCUUUAUUACUACUGGAGAAAAAUGCGUGUCGAUUGAAAUUAGAUGCCAAUGGACCUUUUCCUGACCUUUGACCCCCGAAAAAUUAUUCCUAUACUUUACUAUUGCAAAAUUUUCGGGGCUCAUUUUAAGAGCGGUUUCGCGAAUUGGCGCCUGUAAAAUGGGGUAUGUGUUUCAAACCAUCAUUAUGAUUCAUCACAUGCAACAAUCUGUUUUUUGAAAGUACCGGUAAAGAAUUUUAGCCCAGUCUAUCACAGC